AUGGCUGACUUUGACCAGGAUAAAGUUGUUACAACUUUAAAAGCUUACCUUAAGCUUUGCUCGAAGGCUAGCAAUCGUCCCGUAAUAUUAAAGGAUCAAAGCUUUCUUCAAGUCUUAAAAACAUUGGUGUCUGAUGAUCGAGUUGUCAUUAUGACUUAUCUUGUAAAAAUUCUUCUUCUUCUCACGGAAAAUAGUGAUGAUGUGGAAGCAAUGUGUGCGAUCCCGGAAAUCGAGCAGAAACUCUCGAAUGCUACUGAGAAGCAGUUCCCUCCCAACAUUGUGUACAACAUGCUCGUCAUAGUCUCACGCCUCAAAGCCGCUCAAAAUAAGUUAGCUCGAAGCAGGUUGGUUGAAGUAUCUUGCUAG